AGCAAACCCAGAUCCCUCAAUCCCCCCAAAAAGCUUCAAUUUCCCCCCAUUUCCUCAACCUCAAUCUCCCCCUCUCUUAAUCAAGCAAUGGCUGGAUCUUCAUCUAAAUCGAACCCACCGAGGCCAAGAAAGAGGGUCGAAGCCGAGACCAUGCUGAAACGAGCAAAGGACGGCAGCGCUUUCACUCGCUGCGAAGCUUGCAACAAGGAUGUGCCUGUAGUUCUCAUCGACAUGCACAGUUGCAGUCUCGAUUCUAAGAUUCGAAUGAAUCUGGAGGCUCAGGUUACUGAGAAGGAAGUCCAGAUCAAAAAACCCGAGAGAAAGAGGGCCGCUUCGUCGUCGAGCAAAGAGAGGAAAAGCAAGAAGGAGAAGAAAUCAGAUGAUCCGAACAAGCCCAAGCGCCCUCCUACUGCUUUCUUUGUUUUCAUGGAUGAAUUUAGAAAAAUAUACAAGGAAGCUCAUCCUGAUGCUAAGGGGGUAACUGCUACCGCUAAAGAGGGUGGUGAGAAGUGGAAGUCAUUAACUGAUGAAGAGAGGAAAGUGUAUACAGAUAGAGCUGCAGAGCUCAAGGCAGAGUAUGAGAAGGCAAUGGAGAAGUACAACGCUGGAGGGGAUGAGGAAGAAAAGGAAAGUUCUGAUAAGGAGGAAGAUGCAGAGGAGAAGGAGAAGGAAAGCUCAGACAAAAAAGAGCUUGAGGACGAAGAUGUGGAACUUGAGGAUAAAGAUGAGGAGUGAUGGGGAUUUUGGGACUCUUUUUGAGGUUGCUUCAUUGGAUGCUCUUGUAAAUUUUUGGAGGUUUUAGUGUGAUGGGUAGUUUAUUACAAUAUCAGAUUUUAAGGCAUUUUUCUUGCAAAUGGUUUAAUUUGGUUUCAAUUUGCAUCAUCUCCCUUUUCUUGCUAAAAGUUUGUUUGAUAUAUUUUGAUGGAACUUCUUGCUAAAAGAUUUA